CGCCAAGGUCUAAGCACGCUCUUGACCCGCCAACCUGCUCGAGAUGGCUUGACAAAGGACCUUUGACGGCACGCCGCGUGGCUCCGCCUCCCAUGGACUUGGCUGCUGCCCAGUGCGCUGUCCGUGCGGGGCGUGAGCAAGUCGAGCGAUCGAGACAAAGUCUUCUUGUCCACUCCAUCACCACCACCCCCUCGCGCCGGCCAUGACGUCGUCGUACGCCUAUCGUCUGCCGACGUUCUCACCGGAGACGACGCGCAACGUCGCAUCUCUCCUGCGUGUGAUCAUCAUUGUCCUCAUCGCUGCAGCUGCCAUCUCAUCGCGCUUGUUUGCCGUCAUUCGCCAUGAAUCCGUCAUCCACGAAUUCGACCCAUGGUUCAACUUCCGCGCUACCAAGGUGCUCACAGAAGACGGCUUCUACCGCUUCUGGAACUGGUUCGAUGAAAAGGCGUGGUACCCCUUGGGGAGAGCGGCGGGAGGUACGCUGUACCCCGGGUUGAUGGUCACCUCUGGUGCCAUCUUCCACUUCCUCAAGGCGAUCAACAUCCCCGUCGACAUUCGCAAUGUGUGUGUGCUGCUGGCGCCUGCCUUUUCAGGCUUGACGGCGUGGGCGACGUACAUGUUCACAAAGUCGAUGAAGGACGAUGCUGCGGGCUUGCUUGCGGCGGCAUUCAUUGGUAUCGCGCCGGGCUACAUCUCCCGUAGCGUCGCCGGGUCCUAUGACAACGAGGCCAUCGCCAUCUUCCUCCUCAUGAUGGUCUUCUACCUCUGGAUCAAGGCCCUCAAGGACGGCAGCGUCAUGUCGGGCGUCGCCUGCGCCCUCUUCUACUUCUACAUGGUCGCCGCUUGGGGAGGUUACGUCUUCAUCACCAACCUGAUCCCGCUCCACGCCUUUGUCCUCAUCUUGAUGGGCCGCUUCAGCACCCGCCUCUACGUAGCCUUCAGCAGCUACUACGUCGUGGGGACGCUGGCUAGCAUGCAGGUGCCCUUCGUCGGCCACAAUCCCGUCACCACCAGCGAACACAUGUCGGCGCUGGGCGUCUUCGGCCUGCUGCAGCUGUGCGCAUUUGCCGAGUUCGUGCGAUCGCUCGUACCCUCGCAGCAAUUCAAGGUCCUCCUCCGCUCAGCCGUAGCAGGCAUCUUCAUGAUCGCCUUCUCGGGCUUUGUCGUCAUGUCCAUUAAUGGCAAGAUCGCGCCAUGGACGGGUCGCUUCUACUCGCUCUGGGACACAGGCUACGCAAAAAAGCACCUGCCUCUCAUCGCCUCCGUUUCGGAGCACCAGCCGCCGGCCUGGCCCGCCUUCUUCUUUGACUUGGAGAUGCUCGUCUUCCUCUUCCCAGCGGGCGUCUACUUGCUCUUCCAGCAGCUGCGCGAUGAGCACGUCUUCGUCAUCAUCUACGCGGUGACGUGCAGCUACUUUGCGUCUGUCAUGGUGCGCUUGAUGCUCACCCUCACGCCAAUCGUGUGCGUCAGCGCCGCAGUCGCCAUCAGCACGCUGCUCGACACGUACCUCGAUCCAAAGGAGCCAGAAACGCGCGAGGAGGUGACAAAGUCCCUCACCGACGAUGCGACGUCUGCGCCGGCCACGCCCAGCAAAAAGGGGGGCAAAAAGGCUGGCGGGAAAACCGCGUCAGCAUCUGAAUCCGCUGCCUCGACGGCCCGCAGCCACGUCGCCGGAAUCUACGGCCUCGACACGCGCAUUGUCGUCUCCCUCUACACCCUCAUUCUUCUCCUCGUCUUUGUCCUCCACUGCACCUUUGUCACCUCGACGGCCUACUCGAGCCCCUCGGUCGUCCUCGCCUCGCGCAACCCAGACGGCUCGCAACACAUCAUCGACGACUUCCGUGAAGCCUACUACUGGCUGCGCCAGAACACGCCCGUCGACGCCAAGGUGAUGAGCUGGUGGGACUACGGGUAUCAGAUUGCUGGCAUGGCCGAUCGGCCCACGCUGGUGGACAACAAUACGUGGAACAAUACGCACAUCGCGACAGUGGGAAGGAUGAUGAGUACGAGCGAGGAAAAGUCGGAGCCCUACCUCCGCAAGCACGACGUCGAUUAUGUGCUCGUCAUCUUUGGAGGCUUGCUCGGCUUCUCGGGAGAUGACAUCAACAAGUUCUUGUGGAUGAUCCGCAUCUCAGGCGGCAUCUGGCCCGACGAGAUUCACGAGGUAGACUACUUUACCCCUCGCGGAGAGUACCGCAUCGACGAUGCUGCCUCGCAGACGAUGAAGGACAGCUUGAUGUACAAGAUGAGCUACUACCGCUUCAAUGAGCUCUUCGGCGGCCGUCCCGGGAUGGACCGUGUUCGCGGCUCCCAGACGGCCACACAAUCCCCCAAGCUUGACAUCCUCGACGAGGCCUUCACAUCCGAGAAUUGGAUCGUGCGCAUCUACCAGGUCAAGAAGCAGGACCCGCUCGGUAGACCAUUGCCGCUUGCGAAUGCCUUUGAUCAGGGCAAGAGUAUCGGGCGCGCGGUGGCUGGAGCUGACACGCCGGGAUUGAGGCCGGUGGGCGCCGCGGGCGGCAAGCAGGGGAGAAAGGGGAGGAAGGCCACGAGCUGAUGAGGCAAUGAUUCACCAAUAGAUGGGUGCUCGCGCGACGACGGACGCUUGAGCCGAUUUCUUCAGACGCAAAGCGCGUGAUUCUCCCAUCUCUCCCCCGCAGCCCCCCUUUCCCCUCCCACCUCUUUCUCGCGCCCAUUUCCCUGCGCUUCCUUCCCCUGUCGUCGCUCACGGCCUCGACCCUUUGCGAGGGACUUCCACGAGGCUGCGUGAGGAUGGCAUCGCUCUCUCGACGUCAGUCGCAGCACAGCGAGUCGUAUUCGACGGCGAAGACACAUUAAGGCCUCUGCGAGGCUGCCCGUCCUCUUCUCUGAAGCGCGUGAUGCCCAUUCAGGAUCGAUGACUUUCGUAAUGCGAGGGGUACAGGCCUCAGUCUCAGAGCCAGGCAAUGCUAACGAUAAUGAUUUCGACUGCAAUGCUAAUGAUAACGAUUUCGACU